GGCUGGAUGAUGAACAUGUCUGGCGGAGCCCCGGGGGACGAGCUCACGGAUGAGGAGAAGGAGAUCAUCAACAGCGUGCUGGCUCGGGCUGCCAUGAUGGAGGCCACGGAGCAGGAGAGGAUCGAGCGUCUUUCCAGUCGCCUGGAUAAUAUCAAGAAGACGGCGUGUGGUGACGGACAGUCGCGCUGUCUGCUGUGCGGGGAGGCCUUCGGACCACAGGGAGUCACAGCUGUCCUCUGUGUGCAGUGCAAAAAACACAUGUGCAACAAAUGUGGGAUCUGGAGCAACAGCAGGACGAGUCCGAUGUGGCUGUGCAGGAUCUGCAACGAGCAUCUCGAGAUGCAGAAGCGUUCAGGAGCUUGGUUCUUCAAAGGAAGACGCCAACAGGGUCUCCCGGCUCCUCUGCAGCUGUCCAGACCCAGACAGUCGAGCACAGAAAGCACAGACUCUGGUCCAGGAGUAAACGGUGGAUCUCAGGAGCCUGCAGGGCAUCAGGGACAUGAGCUCGGUGCGGAGGCACAGCAGCAGCGGCCCUGUGGAUCAGAACAAUGGGAGCAGACAGCAAGAACAACAGCUGACAGCUGUAAUGAGACUCAUUCCCGUCCAGCAGCUGUAAUGAAGACGGAGAGACAAGUGUUAGCCUCCAAACCGCCUCGGGCAAACACGCAGCAAGUGGCUCCCACCUCAGCUCCUGCUGCAGAUGUGGAGAACAAGCUCCCAGAGAAGGCAGCUGUGGAGGAAAAAAGUCAACCGGUUGUGUCCAGCUCUAUUUCAUCUCAUAUUCCUGCAGCCAGAAUUAAUCCACCUGUAAACCCACCUGCCAACAACCCCGCCCCUCCGAGACCCACACAGGAUCGAACAACACAGGACGAAGACAAUGAAUACGACUCAGAUGACGCCACUACUCUGGGAUCUCUGGAGUUCAGUCUUCUCUAUGAACAGGAGAACCACGCCCUACACUGCUGUAUUGUUAAAGCUAAGGGUUUGAAGCCUAUGGACUCAAACGGACUCGCAGAUCCAUAUGUUAAACUGCACCUGCUACCUGGAGCCAGUAAGUCCAACAAACUACGCACCAAGACACUGAAAACCACCCUGAAUCCUGUGUGGAAUGAGACUCUGGUCUACCAUGGCAUCACGGAUGAUGAAAUGUCACGCAAAACUCUCCGGCUGUCAGUGAGUGAUGAGGACAAGUUUGGACACAAUGAAUUCAUUGGAGAGACACGAGUGGCCCUGAAAAAACUGAAGUUCGACCAGAAGAAGAACUUCAAUGUUUGCUUGGAGAGAGUGAUCCCGGUGAAGAAGGCUGUGGGAGGAUCAGCUCGUGGCAUGGCUCUCUAUGAGGAUGAUCUGAAUGAAGGCGAGGACUCAGAGGAGAGGGGUCGCAUACUGGUAUCCCUGAUGUACAGCAGCCAGCAGGGUCGUCUCUUAGUGGGCGUGGUCCGCUGCGCUCACCUGGCUGCCAUGGACUCCAACGGAUACUCGGACCCGUUUGUUAAAGUAUGCCUGAAGCCAGACAUGGGAAAGAAAGCGAAAAACAAGACUCAGAUAAAAAAGAAGACCCUCAACCCAGAGUUUAACGAGGAGUUUAGUUAUGAAAUAAAGCACGCUGAGCUUGCAAAGAAAACCCUUGACAUCUCUGUCUGGGACUACGACAUGGGAAAAUCCAAUGAUUUCAUUGGGGGCUGUCAGUUAGGCAUCCAGGCUAAAGGAGAGUCUUUAAAGCACUGGUACGAAUGCCUCAAGAACAAGGACAAGAAGAUCGAGCGCUGGCACGUUCUGCUUAACGACAACCCCGGCCAGUUCGAUGACUGA